AUGAGUGUUUCGCGCUCCCUGUUGUCUGCGCUGGGACAGUGUCGAGCGGCUCCCAGUGUCAGAGCAGGGAAGUCUGUCCUAUCAGUGACACAUGCAGUCUCCCAAUUUCGUCAACUUGCACUACUUGCGUCGUCGGAUAAGAAAAAUGCGCCCAGUCCUCGCCAAUGGCCUAUCCUCUCCAAACGCGCCGCAUCGACCACCUCUCCUGCCUCAGAGCUUGUACCAACCACCCCUUACUCCGAACUCACUGUGGGUGUACCCCGCGAAAGUCACCAGAAUGAGCAACGAGUAGCCAUCACACCUCAAAAUGUGGCUUUGCUUCUGAAGAAGGGCUUCUCACGCGUGUUAAUUGAACGUGGUGCUGGUGAGGGGGCACAGCUUCUGGACGAUGCGUAUGAAAAGGCUGGUGCGACGGUGGUCGAUCGUGAUGCGAUAUGGUCGGAGAGUGAUAUUGUUCUGAAAGUCCGAAACCCGCAAGCGGAAGGUCCAUUCAAUGAGAUUGAAGCUCUUCGUAAAGGCUCGACUAUUGUGUCUUUCAUGUACCCGGCUCAGAAUAAACCGCUCGUGGAUGCUCUGGCUGCACGUGGUGUCACUUCCUUCGCGAUGGAUCGUAUCCCGCGUAUCUCGCGUGCGCAGACCUUCGAUGCUCUAAGCUCAAUGGCCAAUAUUGCAGGAUACAAGGCAGUUUUAGAGGCCUCGAACCACUUUGGCCGUUUCUUGACUGGUCAAGUCACGGCUGCCGGAAAGAUUCCUCCUAGUAAAGUCCUGGUUAUCGGUGCUGGUGUGGCCGGUCUGAGUGCAAUUGUAACAGCACGUCGAAUGGGUGCCAUUGUUCGAGGCUUCGAUACGCGUCCCGCUGUCCGUGAACAAGUCCAAUCCUUGGGUGCAGAAUUCAUCGAGGUGGACUUUCAGGAAGAUGGCGCUGGACAAGGUGGUUAUGCAAAGGAAAUGUCCAAAGAGUUCAUUGAGGCCGAGAUGAAACUAUUCAUGGAACAGGCUCGUGAAGUUGAUAUUAUCAUCACAACAGCUUUGAUCCCUGGAAGACCGGCUCCGAAGCUCAUCACUAAGGAAAUGGUUGCUGCUAUGAAGCCAGGCUCUGUUAUUGUAGACCUUGCAGCUGAAGCGGGUGGUAACUGUGAAGCUACUAUCCCUGGCCAGCUGUCUAGCUACAAGGGUGUGACUGUCAUUGGCUAUACUGAUCUUCCAUCUCGUCUGCCGACCCAAUCCUCAACCUUGUACUCAAACAACAUCAUCAAGUAUCUCCUCUCCAUGGCUCCCAAGGACAAGUCCUUUGGAAUUGAUUUCAAAGAUGAAGUUGUUCGAGGGUCUAUUGUUACUCUCAACGGCGAAAUUAUCGCUCCUGCUGCCCCAUCUGCUCCCCCUCCGCCUCCCAAGCCUGAUACUCAAGCUGCUGCGGCAAAGAAGGAGGAGGCUCUGGCGAUUACACCAUGGCAAAAGGCAACUCGGGACGUUACUGCCGUGACAGGAGCUAUUGGCACCACAUUAGCCCUUGGUAAGGCAGCAGGUCCGAUUUUCAUGGGCAAUAUGAUGACUUUUGGUCUCGCGGGUCUGGUAGGCUACCGUGCAGUUUGGGGAGUUGCGCCUGCUCUUCACUCUCCGCUGAUGAGUGUCACCAAUGCAAUCUCCGGAAUGGUUGGUAUUGGCGGUUUAUUCAUCAUGGGCGGCGGCUAUGCUCCAACCACGAUUCCCGAAUAUCUCGGUGCAGCCUCUGUCCUUCUGGCUUUCGUGAAUAUCUCAGGUGGUUUUGUGAUUACCAAACGCAUGCUAGACAUGUUCAAGCGUCCGACAGAUCCCCCAGAGUACCCGUGGUUGUACGCGGUCCCAGCAGUCGUAUUUGGUGGCGGCUUCAUCGCUGCAGCAAGUACAGGAAUGUCUGGUCUGGUGCAAGCCGGGUACCUGAUUAGUACUAUUCUCUGCAUGAGCUCCAUCUCUAGCCUUGCGUCACAGCAGACUGCACGUCGUGGAAACAUUCUCGGAAUCCUAGGUGUAGUCUCGGGUAUUCUUGCCUCGCUUGCUGCAGUGGGAUUCACCCCUGAAACAAUGGCUCAGUUUGCCGGUGUCGCUGGAUCCGGUGCACUAGUUGGUGGUCUGAUUGGCCGUCGAAUUACCCCGACUGGUCUUCCCCAAACAGUCGCAGCAUUGCAUUCCGUUGUGGGUCUGGCCGCUGUCUUGACCAGUAUUGGCAGUGUACUAGUCGAUAUUGAGGAUAUUACAACCCUACACAUGGUCACUGCGUACUUGGGUGUGCUCAUCGGAGGUGUUACCUUUACUGGCUCGAUCGUCGCUUUUAUGAAACUCGCCGGACGCAUGUCCUCUAGCCCGAAGAUCCUCCCUGGUCGCCACGUCAUCAACUCUACAUUGCUAGGUAGUAAUAUUGCAACGAUGGGGGCGUUCAUCACCAUGGCCCCUGGAAACCCCGGUAUUGCAGCGGCCUGUCUGGGUGCAAAUACUGUACUGAGUUUCACGAAGGGAUUUACAACAACUGCAGCUAUUGGUGGCGCUGACAUGCCAGUUGUGAUCACUGUUCUCAAUGCUUACUCUGGAUUUGCACUAGUGGCUGAGGGGCUAAUGCUCAAUAACCCACUUUUGACUAGUGUCGGGUCUUUGAUUGGAGUAAGCGGUUCGAUUCUAUCAUACAUCAUGUGUGUUGCAAUGAACCGUUCUCUUACAAACGUGCUCUUCGGAGGGCUUUCCGCCCCGGCGCAGUCCCAGAAGAAGAUUGAGGGUGAAGUUACUCAGACAAGCAUUGAUGACACAGUCGAGGCACUAAGUGGAGCCGAGAGUGUCAUUAUUAUUGUUGGGUACGGUAUGGCCGUGGCCAAGGCACAGUAUGCUCUGGCUGAGAUCGUCAGUAUUCUGCGCUCUCGUGGCGUCAGUGUUCGAUUUGCUAUUCACCCUGUGGCAGGACGUAUGCCUGGCCAGUGCAAUGUGCUUCUUGCUGAAGCAUCCGUGCCAUAUGAUAUUGUUCUUGAGAUGGAUGAAAUUAAUGAGGACUUUUCCGACACCGACGUCACAUUGGUGAUUGGCGCUAAUGAUACAGUUAACCCAAUCGCCAUGGAACCUGACUCUGCCAUCUCUGGAAUGCCUGUUCUGCAUGCAUGGAAGAGUAAGGAGGUUAUUGUCAUGAAGCGAGGAAUGUCAAGCGGAUAUGCCGACGUGCCGAAUCCCAUGUUCUUCAUGCCUGGAACGAGAAUGCUCUUCGGAGAUGCUAAGUCUUCGUGUGAUGCUAUCAAAGCUGCCCUGGAGGCACGCAAGUAG